UCUCUGUGCAGGCAGCCGCAGUGCAAAGCACAGCAGGAGAGGAGCUCACUACGAGGCCGAUUCACUGCGAGACGGUCAGUCAGUAGUGUGUAGGCGACAGCAAAGCAAAAUAGUGCUACCUGGAGGGUUUAUCAUUCAAUUGGCAAAAAAAAACUCAUUUCUAUUACUUAUUUUUACUAGUCGUAUUAAAUCAACUAGGCGGUGAUAGUGUGAUAACCAUUGGCUGGUGCGAAGUGUCUUGCUGGUGGUCGCCUGAAACGAAGUGCAAUCGGGUGUGAGAAGCAGUCGUGACAGCCGUGAAGAAAUAGACGGGGUGCUACCGGUAUGGGCUUAAAGGACUGUCAGAUAGAACUAGACAAUCCGUGGAAUACAUAUUAUGCCGGUCAGACUGUUAAUGGGAAAGUUACAUUUACCUUCGAUUCGCCGAAAAAAAUUCGAGGAAUUAUCAUAAAAUUCUCCGGUGAAGCAGAAACCAAGUGGAGCCAGACGGAAACUAAAACCGACCAGGAGGGAAAACAGUAUGAAUCAACUACCAAUUUGACCGGCCAGGAGGAAUACUUCCAGAUUCAGUAUUACCUGUUGGGUGGAAAGAACAGCAAUGAAAUCGAGCUGGGUGCCGGCACUCACGAGUAUCCGUUCACAUGUGCUUUGCCACCGACUCUACCUUCUUCCUUCGAGGGAGAAUGGGGUUUCGUACGGUAUACGAUUAAAGUUACCUUGGACCGGCCCUGGAAGUUCGACCAGGACAUGAAAAUGGCUUUUACGGUGAUUUCACCUGUUGAUCUAAACCAGAAUCCACGUGUGAAGGAUCCAUUUAAACUGGAGCGGGAAAAGACCUUUUGCUGCUUCUGCUGUGCUUCCGGACCACUGAGCGUAGUCGUGCACAUUCCGGUAACCGGUUUUGUCUCCGGUCAAACAAUUCCAUUGACAAUCGAAUGCGACAAUGCGAGUAACGUUGGGGUUGAGUCAAUCAAGCUUACGUUACGUAAAUUGCUGGCAUUCCACGUGCACACACCACGUCGCGAAACAAAAAAGAAGAAAGAAGUGAUAUCGGAAAUCGCUGUUGGACCAAUCGAAGGUGGUAACAACCAAACGUGGAAUCAACACAUCCAGAUUCCGCCACUACCGCCAUCUAAUUUGGUUAAUUGUGGCAUUAUUGAUGUUGACUACGAUAUCAAGAUGGAAGCCGUAGUUUCCGGUCCACACGCCAACUUAGACGGAAAUAUACCAAUCGUUUUAGGUACUGUUCCGCUUGCUUCCUUCCAACCGCCUCUGCCGUAUACAGAUAAUCCACCGGAAACGGACCCCUCGAUGCUACCAACCCAACCGGUUAGUCCAGCUAGUCCUCCGAACGGAGCAGGUGGUGCACAAGGCUGGAACAUUGCUGAUGGUGGGGAUAGUUUAUAUCCCAACAUACCACCACCGACAUUUGCGGAAGCCGCAUUCAAGGCUCCCAACAUUUCGAAUAAAAACGAUAGCGAGUUCACGCGGUUCGUGGGAGCCCCGGAAUACGCCCCGCGCUAUCCAACAUAUGCUUUCACGCCCUCCGCACCGCCAGCCAAUCUAUAAAUAUGUGUAAUUUCACGAUAAAUGGUGCAACCUACCGGAACCAACCUCAAGCGAUAUUUAAUUCUUCUCUUAUUUAGCUUUCAUCACAUUUUCGUUACCCAUAUAAAAUAUUUUUGUUAAUUUUUAUUCGAACAAACUCAAAAGAACUAGAGUUAUAAUGAAUACAAGUAAAACGCACAUUGCUCCAGCAGAAAUUUAUAUAAUGCGUUACUAAUAAGAAACAAAACA